GACCAACUGGACGAGGAUGGGCAAACAAGGAUGUUCGCCCUGUGCCACACGGCCUCAAUCGCAGGCCACGUGGAUGACACGGACUGGCUGGGCUGGCACGAGCGGGCCUCAUGGGCGUGGAGGUGGCGCUGGACCAGGAUCACCUGCAAGUCACCAGCAACGAGGUCUUGGUUAGCCGGCACAGCCUGGCGGAGGUGAGCGCCAUCGCGGCGUUGCAGGACACUGAGGGCCACCUGGUGGUCGUCGGCCAGUGUCAGGUGAAGGGGCAUCCCCUCGCCGUAGUUCUCGACAUGAUGUCCCGAGAGGACGCUCGCCGGUUGGAGGAGGAAGUUGGACUAAGACUGUCUCGACGACUGCUACGUCCUUCUGUGCAUUCCUCUGCAUCACAAGACACAUUAUGCACGGAGACGGUGCCCAGUGCCCCGCCCUUGACGGAGAUGGAUCCUUCCACCAGCCUCCCUGACACAUGCGACAAGAGUUCCUUGAAGCACAACAACCAGGCGACUGUACACGCCUCUGCCUCGUCAGGACCGACGAGGACACAGCCACCCAGCUCGGUGGUCCAGCCCUCGCCCUGCUCCAGCAACGUGUCUAAUCAACCUUCCCUCUCCUCUAAGAAAAUUUCAGCUGGCAAACGCCGGUUAAAACUUCCUGCGGCCAAUAUGCCAGCCACAGGCACACUCUUGGCCACCCCGCUGCGUAGGACCUUCCACCCAUCAGUCUCGCGCGUGGCUCAUGCUUCAUUAUCCGCCCUUACAGUGUCCAAGCCGUUAGUAUCCGAUGCUCCAGUGUCCACCCUCCCAGUAGCUACUCCUCUGGUAUCCAUUCCACCAUUCUCCACUCGGCUAUUGUCCACUCGACCCCAGUCCACCCCUUCAGCACCCGCUCCUUCGGUGUCUAACCCAUCUCUGUUCCCUCGCUCAGUCUCCAUUCACCAAGUAUCCAAUUCGCAAGUGUCCACCCCUCUAGUGUCCAGCUCGCAAGUGUCCACCCCUCUAGUGUCCAGCUCGCAAGUGUCCACCCCUCUAGUGUCCAGCUCGCAAGUCUCCACCCCUCUAGUGUCCAGCUCGCAAGUCCACCAAUCGCCAAUGUCCACCCGACCUCUGAUCAAGCCGGCGCUGCCCACCAAACCCGCUUCCACUUCGACGGUGUCCUCCCGUCCAGUGCCACCCUCGAGGAUCUUCACCCCGCUGGUGGCCACUUUACCCGUGUCUACCACGUCGGCGUCCAACCCAACGGUGUCCACUUCAUCGGUGUCUACCCCUCAAUUCCCAACCCGACUCCUGUCUCUCUCAAGGGUAGUCACCCCCUCGGUGCUCGCCUCGACAGAAUCCAACAAGACGGCUCCCCCCACCCCACUCUGCAUUCCAUCGGUGUCCACACGACCAGCAUUUACAAGACCACUGUCCAAGCCAAUAGUAGCCACCCGACCAGUGUCCUUCCCUAAGAUAUCCUCUCCGGUGUCCACCAGGCCGGUGUCAAUCGCGGUAGCGUCUAACACAGCAGAGUCUAACACAGCAGCGUCCAACACAGCAGCGUCCAACACAGCAGCGUCCAAUACAGCAGUGUCCGACACUCCUGAUUCCAUAACAUCGGUGUCCACCACUGCGGUGUCCGCCACUCCGGUGUCCACCACUGCGGAGUCCACCCUGCCAGUAUCUGACCAAUCCGCAUCCCCCGUAAUGGUGUCCAGAUCGCCGAUGCUCACCCUACCUGAGACCACCGUGUCGGCGUCCACCUUGCCAACUUCAUCGCCAGCCGUCUCUACAUUAGCCGCGGACCCCGAGCUCCGUCGUCGGCACUCAGUAGUAUCUUCGAGCAGCCAAGAGGAUGAUAACUCGAGUGGGAAAGUAGAGCUCAUCCUCGGGACACUGAAUGUGGACGAGUCUGAAUACUUGUUCAUACCGGGCAUGAAACAUACACAGGAACAAGACUCUUCCUCUUCCUUGGAGCACGAAUUAUCUGUCUUGUUAGAGAACGAACACCAAUAUCUGGACAUCCUUCAGAGAAUUAAGGACGCAAGAAGUGCUGUAAAAUCUGAGUUACAAAAUCUUCUCCGUCGAAAUGAAAGAUUGGCUGAUUUUCACAAAGACCUUUUCCGAGAUCUGCACCAAGAGUUUCCUUCCUGUUCAGGUGUCGCACGGGUGUUCCUCGCUCGCAAGGAGGAGUUGGAACAGUAUCGCUACUACAUCAUGAAUGCCCCGCGGGUCCUCCGCCCGCUGGGGCAGCAGACGGAGAAGUUACACGCCAGCACCCCACGUUAG